UGAUACAACGGUCUAAAUUAGCAUUUUGUGUACACACUAGUUCUUACUAAAGCUAUUGUAACUAGAUAUUUUAGUAAGAGCAUGGUGUGCAAUUAAACCUUAUCGAUCAAUGUAUGAUAAAUAGACGCAAUAUCUUGCACGAGACAGUGCAGGGAGAACUCGGUUAGCAAAUAAGCUACGGUAACGUAAUCUAGCUAGCCAGCCAGAUAAACAACCCUGCAUCAUCAGAUCAAUGCAUAUUUUGGGGAUGGAGUUGGUCUAACGUCUAGAAAACAAAGGGACGUGUCGAAAAUGGGUGCAUUUUACUGUGCGAUAUGUAGGCAAACAUCUUUCUCCGGAAAAGCACACAUCUUCGGGAAAAGUCACCAGAGCAAACUCAAAGUGGUCCUUGUUAAAUUCCUUGAGAAGGUGAAAGAAGCGCGUCGAACGAUAAAAAAUCCCCAGGUGGAGAGGUUCGAUUGCACUCAGCACAAACGCAAAUGUUGGUGUUACUGCUGCGGCCUCGAGGUGGAGAGAGACGUCACUGAUGGCGACAUCACUGUGUUGUUCGGGGGCUUGUUGGAACACAUGGCCAGGCCUGACCACAGGAAAAGCACCCACACAUUCUGGUGGGAGAACAAAGCUGACCCCAAACUGAGGGACAAGUUUAUAAUCACAGAAAAUGAAAUGGAGAGAUUUAAAACAGAGGUGGCAAAAGCUUUAGGCUCAUUUGAGGAGAAGGAGGAUGAGCUUAUCAAGCAGCAAGCCACUCAUAUCCGAGCUCAGGAACAGCAUCGCCAGGAGGUCCUUCAGUCUCUCAUAGAGCCUAAGGCAGCGCUGGAGCUAUCGAACACAGAGGGCCCUUGCAACUCAGUGGACGAGGCUUCCAGUAGCUCUCACUUCAGGGCCCCUGGAUCCGAUGAGCAGGCCAGGUCUGGUCGGGUUGACCAAAUGGUGGCCAGGCAGUGGGCGGGCCCUGGACAGGGCCUGACCUUCAUUGGCUACCAGGAUUCUUCCAACAGUGGAAAUAUUCACACAGGAGCCAUCCCUCCAUGGUUACAGGAGGACUCCCAGGAGGGCAGGUCUGGGACAAUGGAGCAGGAGAUCGGUCCAUCACUCCAGGACUUCCUCAAACAGAAGGAGCAGGAGAAGCUGAAGAAACUCCCCCCUAACCGGGUGGGGGCCAACUUUGACCAUAGCUCCCAGACCGAUGCCAACUGGCUGCCCUCUUUUGGCCGGGUGUGGAACAGUGGACGCCGCUGGCAAUCCAGGCACCAGUUCAGAGAGGAAGAGGGACAGACCAACAGACAAAAGAGAAAGCGGGAUCAGGGAACAAAGAAACCCAAACUGCCUGAACAACAGUGACUAUAGUAUGCAUUGUACAUAGAAAUGUUACAGAACAAAGCAGUUAAAAAAAACAUGACAUUUGUUUGGAAACCAUGAAAAGCCUUUAUUUCAGGAUAUAAUGAACUAGGCUCAAUUGUAAAUUACCUUUAAAUGUCAAGCUCACUAUGCACGUUUCAGAUUUGAUUCCCGGCCAAUGUUUUUGGCACUUGUUUUGAAAUAAAAUAAUGAACUGGACUACAGCCACGCUCCUGUCUCUCACAUAUCUAUUGGAAUGUGGGGAGCGGCAUUAGCCGUUAAUUGGCGCUGGGUCUAUGAAAUACUGUCCUAGUGUCCAAUGUAAAGCGUGCUUCCAGACUGGAACCCUGGGGCCUUAGCACCGACCCUGGUCCACUUGUCGGUCUUUGCACUUUAUUUCAUUAGAUGGCGUUCGCCAUCCUCAAUCUUUGGGUUCAGGGGUUAUUAACCGGUCUGAACAUUAAUGAAAUAAAGUGCAAAGACUGACAAGUGGCCUAGGGUCAGUGCUAAGACCCCAGUCUGGAAGCACGCUUUCCACUGAACCCAGGACACUCUCGGUAUUGCAUUUUAGCUGAAGUCAAGUUCAAAAAGAUGGCCGCGUAGAAGUCAAAUAUGAAAAUUGCAAAUAAACUUGUCAUCACCAUUGUACAAAAAACAUCCAUUAAAUUAUUCAAGUAAUUUUUUUUAGUCACUCACAGCCAAAGAUACAUUUUAUAUUCAUCCACUGUCUAUAAUAUUUCUGGAUGAUGUGAUGAUGCCGUAAGUGCGCAAGUGUAAUUGGCUCUCUAUAAAACGGCAUGUGUGAACAUUACAAUGGACGCUGUCUCUAGUUCAAACAUUCACCUCAAUGGUCAGUACCACCGCCCCCCUAAACCAGGGAUCAUCAACUACAUUUUAUGUUGAGCAAUGGUCAGGGGGCCGGAACAUAAGCCCAAACAAAUAUUUCACAUGUGUAUAUGAUCACAUAUCUCUGCGCGUGGGAAUACUGUGUUUUCAGUCUUAUGUCCAACAAUAAAUAAUAUUUAGUUUUGCUCAAACUUGGGAGGGCCAAAUAAAAUCGGCAGUUGGGGAACCCUGCACUAAACAUUCUCCUCUCUGAGGUCUGGUGAGUGUUUUCUGGGUGGCAGUGUUUGCACCCGCAGUCCUUUAUAUCCCCUGCACUCUGGGCAGAUGCGGACGUGAGUGCAGCCCCGUGGACCCAAAAUGGCUUCCUGUGCCAGUCUAUGAGACCGUGACUCCAUAGGACCGCUGCUACUGUUGUCCAUCCCGCACACCAUGCCGUUACUGAGGGUGCAAGUGGCUGUCUUGGUCCCGCCAUGCUCCUCUGGGAGUGAAGUGUGUGUUUGUAGUAAUAUCCCUGGGCCUGGUAAACCAUGCAGUGCCAUACUGUCCUCGCACAGCAGGAUCCCAUGGAGAGCCCUCAGCAUCUCUGUACACAUGGACAACUAGAACAGAAAGGGCAGAACCAUAAGUCCAACUUUUGCACAGUCAUCUUUUGAAAGAGAGGAGAUGGAUUGCUGGUUAUCAGUGCUUUGGUUUAAAGCUUUUUUUCCCUCCGCUUUACAUUCUUCGUGAGGUCUAGGUAAAAAUUGGUUUAUUUAACUUCAGAUGUGAAACUUUACAUACUGAAGAACAAACGCAUAAAUGUAUGCAAAUUGUAAAGUAUUUUUGUUUGUAAUGUCUUUCGUUAUGUGACGUGCAGCUUUUACCAUGAAUACGAUCUCUGCGAACACCAGGGAAAAUGCCUUUAAAAGAUGUGUUGUUGGCUGUAUAGUGUGCUGCUCUAUAACGCUCCUAGGGUUUAAUCACGGCCUGAGUGAAGAUUGACUUAAGUGGGAGUUAGGAUUUGACCCUAAGAGGGCAGCUGGCUACUAAGCUGGGAGAGCAGCUACAGAUGACCCCUCACCUCUGACCUCGGAGAGUGUUGCUGCACCCAGACAAACUCCAGCCCCGCCAUGAACACAGCCAGCAGUAGACCAGACAACAGGACAACAAAGACCCCACCUAUAUUCUCCAUGCCCAGCCCUACCACAGAGAGAAAGAGAAACAAAAGAGAUCUUAGUGGUCUAAUGGUGACAAACUUCUAUAAAUUAGGCCGGGAUUCAAUCCAAUCGCGGGUUAAAGACAUUGCGGCUUUUAAAGGCUAUUUCUAAUUGAGCCAGCAUAUGCAGCGUUUACCGUGAAUGGAAGCUCAGCAAACACAGGAACAUGGCCUUUAAAAGCUGCAAUGCCUAUGACCGGCGAUCAGAUUGAAUCCCAUCCUUACUCUCUUGACAUUGAUGUGCAUCACCAUCGCUUUAUAUAGUUGUUGAAUGCUGGGAGAUUUUCCCCACAGUGUCGUCUUCUGUUGUGUACUAUGAUAAAUAAAUAGUUGACUUUAAGUCAGCAGAUUGUGGUUCCAA